AUGAUGCGAGCACCGUCCUUGCUUAUGUAUUCAAAACUCAUGUCCAAAGACAGAGAAUCCGAGCCUCUCUGCUAUGAAAAUGACAUGAAGAAAAUGCCAUGUCGAAAGGAUAGCGGCUAUGAUAGUAUAUCUUCACCUAUUGAAAUGCCUUAUCCGCUUACUUCUUUGGACGUCUUGCAAGAAGCCAAAGCCGUGUUGAGAUAUAGUAUCCCUCUUGCCAUUACAUUUUUCCUUGGGUAUAGUACGCGCGCUACUGAUGUAUGGUUCUUGGGAAAACUAGGUCCACAAGGAAUAUCGAUUGGUAAUGGUAUUUUAACAGGUAAAGAAAAAAAGGAAGCUGUAAUUCGCAAAGUUUUAACCCCUUUUUCUCGAGUAGCCAUUGAUACCUUAGUAGCUCAAGCCUUUACGGGAGCAAAGCAUCACCAUACUGUUGGUAUUAUCCUUCAAAGAGGUUUGCUGGUAUCAUUUAUUUUUGGUAUUAUGAUUUCCGUCUUGUGGGCCAACUCAGAGUUUAUCUUGGUUUUGAUGGGGCAAGACCCAAUGUUGGCAAAUAUGGCACAAACAUAUAUCAUUAUCUUGAUUCCUUACUUGUUUAUUUGUUAUGCAAAUACAGCACUAAGAAAGUUCCUUCAGUCUAUUGGUGAAAUGAAAGUGACAUUAUACCUUGUAUUCUUUUUGCUUCCUGCGAAUGUUGUUUCAAAUUACUUCUUUCUUGAAUACUUGAACUUGGGCUACAUUGGCGCUGCUCUUCAUAUAGUUUUCAUAUCUGCAUUUAUUACGUUGUUAUACACUAUUUAUUUAACUUGCAUCACAAACUUAAUACAAGUAUACUGGCCUGGGCUGACACUGAAUGCCUUUGGAGGUUGGAGUGAAUUUCUAAGGCUCGGCAUUCCCGGUAUGCUCAGUUUAUCGACCGACUGGGCCUUCGAAGUGUGCGCUCUCUUGACAGGCGUUCUCGGUCAGACAAGUUUAGCCGCUCAGUCAGUCGUUCUUACGAUCAACACCUUAUUGUUGAUGAUACCCACCGCACUGUCCACUGGUAUGGCUGUACGCUUAGGACACCUUUUGGGCGCAAAUGAGCCAAGAAAGUCAAAUUUAUGUUUCAUGGUAUCCGCUGGUAUCGGUGUAUUAUGUACAUUUAUCAAUGCGCUUGCUAUUUUUACUUAUCGAUCACAAAUUGCUCAUCAUUUCAGCUCGGAUUCAGAGGUUGUUGAGGCCACUAUAAAUUUGUUACAAGUAGCUAGCGCAUGCCAUUUUACCAUGGGGAUCGGCAUUGUCUUUUCAUACGCACUCAAUGCCUUGGGCAAACAGACUAUUGUGGCAUCAUUGAAUGUGGUUAGCUACUACAUGAUUGGUUUACCUUUUGGCAUCUACUUAACCUACCAGUGUGACUGGGGACUUGAAGGUAUCUGGGCUGGUGUUGCUCUUAGUGGUAUCGUCAAAGUACUAUGUGAGUUUAGUAUCUUGACUUACUUGGUUGAUUGGCGGCAUGAAUGUCAACUAGCCACUAACCGAAUUCAUGAUCAAGAAUACGCUACUUCUUUUAUUGUUUAAAAUCCCGAGCUGUGACGUUUUAAUCAUAAAAUUUUAUUUUUUCUACACUUUCUUUUUCUGCACCCCCAUUUCUCUUCUCUCUCUCUCUCUCUCUCUCUCUCUCCUUUCUAAACCUUUUUUUCUUUUGUGUGUGUUGAAAUGGGAAGCAGCGAUGGACAUCGAGUUUAUCUUGGAAAUCUCCCAGUAGAUAUUUCAAAAUCAGAGAUAGAGUCUUUAUUUAAAAACUAUAACCCUGUUGAAGUUACUCUUAAAGAGAGAUUUGGAUUUAUAGAAUUUGAGAAAAGAAUAGAUGCAGAAGAUGCCAUUCACGACUUUAAUGGUAAAAAAGUAUCAGGCAGCAGGUGAGAAAAUGCAGUUG